AAAUGGCCGCCGUGGGGAGCGGAGCGGACAGAGCGGUGGAGGACCAGGAAGGUGAUGAGAGACAAGUCGACGCACAGCCCUCCUCUCAGAGUAAGAGCAAGAAGGCUCGUAGGGAGCGUCACCAAGUCGAGCAGGGGGUAGAGAUGACAGCCGCAGGGGCGAAGCCACAGAGCAAGGUGUUGGAACCAGUUCCAUGUUCUUCAGAGACAGGACCAGGAUCAGAGUCUGCACCUGGGUGUGACUCUGAAGAAUCUCCCAGGCAGCGGCGCUCCAUCAUUCGGGACCGGGGACCAAUGUAUGAAGACCCCUCACUGCCUGAAGGCUGGACCCGAAAACUGAAGCAGAGGAAGUCUGGGCGUUCUGCAGGAAAGUUCGAUGUCUACCUGAUCAACUCGGAGGGAAAAGCUUUUCGUUCCAAGGUGGAACUUGUUGCCUACUUUGAGAAGAUUGGCGACGCAACCACAGACCCCAAUGACUUUGAUUUUACUGUAACUGGGCGUGGAAGCCCGUCUCGUCGUGAGAAACGCCCUCCCAAGAAACCAAAUGUGGUGAAACCAUCUGGGCGAGGCCGUGGGCGACCUAAAGGCAGCGGAAAGAUGCGACAAGCUACUGAAGGCGUGGCCAUGAAGCGAGUCAUUGAGAAGACUCCAGGGAAGCUGCUGGUUAAGAUGCCCUUUGGCAAGACGGAGUCCUCGUCUGGCGCAACAUCAAUGGUGGGGUCUCCAACUCCUACUGCCAAGUCCCGUCCAGGUAGAAAAAGGAAAUCCCAACAGGAACUUCCUCCUCCACCUCAUACUGCUCCUAAGAAACGAGGACGAAGACCAGCAUCAGCCGCACCGGUACCAUUGAUGACUCCGGUUUCCACCUCCUCUGCUUCAGUUUCUGGUAGCUCAACGGCUGGAAGCUACAGUGCAGCUGCCAUAUUGGCUGCUGAAGCUAGACGAAAAGCAGCCAAAGAGUCUUCCUCCAAACCUGUUGUUCAGGAAACAGCCCUGCCAAUCAAAAAACGCAAAACAAGAGAGACAGUGGAAGAGCAGGAAUGUGUUCACGCUCAAACAGUCACAAGUGCAGAACCUGGAAACAGGACUUAUACAGAGGAACAGGGAAGGACAACAGAGUGGGCUCUAAGCUCAGACCUUCAGCCCACCCCCUCUGAACAGAGCCAGUCCCAAAAGCAAGCUUGUGCCUCAGAUGACAACCAAUCGCUUGGACACAAAUCCCAUAAAGGUCAUCAGCACAAGGAAAAAAACGGAUCGGGAGAAACAGGAAGCAUAGGACAGGAACUAGGUGAAGAUGAAGGUGGGGGUGAAAAGAGUUGCAGCAGCAUUAGUAGCAUCAGCCCAGCAAAAAGUCACAAAAGGAAGGAACGACCACCUCAUAAACACCACCAUCAUCACUACCACCAUCAUCAUCAUCACCAAAAGUUACCUGCCUCAGCAUUAGAUCAGCAGUCAUCUCCUCAUCCUCCAGUACCUGGACUCUCAGCACUUUCUAGUCAAUCCAAACCUGAAGUGAAACCCCAGAGUGUGCCUCAGCUCGUCUCCAAACAAGCUCUACACAAGACUCAGUCCCCACCUGAAUCUCAGAAUCCUAUCCCUCAACCCCACCAGCAUCCUCAGCCUUGUUCUCAGUCCAAGAUCCCCAGUUCAUCUCGGACUCCACCUGUACCCCAACCACUUCACCACCCUCAGCCCCAUCUUCAGACCAAGGUGCCCAUUUCUUCCCAUCCCCAGCCUCAACAGCCUGUACCACAGACCUCCCCUGCCAAAAACAUCCCACCCAAACCACGGCUCCAAGAACCCCCAACCCUGUCUAAAGUUCAGCAACGAACCCAGCUUCAAGCUCUUCGUGCUUCACCUUACUCUGCACCCUUCUUGCACAGUCCUCCACCACAAGUAAAGGAUCCCCAACCAGAAACACAUCCUUCCCAAAUUUUGCCAAGACACCCUUCUCAACCUCAAAUACAAUCUCAGUCCAGAUUAUUUCUCCAGACACAACUACAACCCCAAAUCAGGACUCCAACACAGCCUCAGUCUCUGCCUAAGACCAGAGCCCUAACACAAGUUCAGAGUCAACCCCAGACCAGAACCUUGACCCAGUCUCAGUCGCAAACCCAGACCAGUACCGUAACACAAGUUCAGAGUCAACUCCAAACCAGGACUCCAACACCGUCUCAGUCUCAACCCCAGACCAGAUAUCCAACACAACUUCAGAGUGAACCCCAAACUAGGACCCUGAUACAUCCUCAGUCUCAACCCCAGACCAGGAGCCCAGCCCUACCCCACCCUCACCUGCAGUCUAGGCAUCAGGCACUGCCCCAAACACAGACCAGAGACCCAUCAUGCCAACAACUCCAACCUCAGUACAGAGCCCAAGCCAGACCAUCUCCGUCCCAGUCUAGGCCACUUUUGUCCCAGUCCCAAACACACCACCACUUUCAACGGAUACAACCUCAUCCCCAGUCCCACUCGCAGCAUACCAGGCUUCUUGCGCAGAACCUCGCAUCCCAGACAAACCUUAUCCCAACUCAGAAAAACCAGAACGAACAGCCCCAAGACCUGAGCACUACACGGCCCAGUCAAGAAAGCCAGUUCCAAAGAAGAGAGUCCAGCACAGAGGAUGUCCGGAUGGAGGGAAGAAGGGAGCUUACCACAUCAUCAGAGAGCAGAGAGGUUUUAGGAGGGGACAGAGGGUCAAACAGUGCGCUGAGACCUCCAGGACCCUCUGGAGUAUCUGGGCCCAGUUUUGUGCCUGGAGCAGAUAGCAGUGCAAGACUACAACCAGAGCCAGAGGAAGCAGGUGAAGGUAGGGAGCUUAGAGACAUUGUCCCCCAAUCCACCGUUCCCUGUCCCAGCUGUGAGGAAACUGUAGAUUCCCGGACUGCUGUCGGCGAAAGAGUGAGCUGAUCGGUCGGCCCGAUGAAAACCAUCUGACAAAGUGAGACCGGACCAGACGGAGAGGACUGUAACCAGGCACUUUACAGAGGUGUUAGUAAAGUUGUAGACGUAGAAACCAUUGCUGAGGCACAGCUGGAAACAACGAAAGGAACAAGACAAUAUGUGUGGGUGUGUGUAUAUACUUCUAUAAUCAAAGGCAGCUGUUGUGUCCUGCUAGUCUCUGUGUGUGGGGGGGACUAAAGAUCCACACUUAAAUCAUUACGCCAAUGAUGUUUCCUUCUCAAUAGAACAUGUUUUUCUUUAGUGUUGUGUCUGUUCUAUAGCUUUAAACUCUGACGCGAUGACCCCCAACUCGUAAAGACCGCCGUACGCCCUCAC